AUGUGCCUCGCAGCACCCACCAAUUUCGCCGGCUUCGCAGCAAUUCGAUUUCUACUCGGAUUCGCUGAAGGAGCAGUCUCGCCUUCCUUUAUUACAAUUACUAGCGUGUGGUAUCGGAAGAGCGAACACGCGACUCGGACGGCCCUCUGGAUAACAAUGAACGGCCUCGCCCAAAUCGCCGGCUGUCUCCUAAUGUACGGCAUCGGAAAACCCACCAGCACCACUUCCCACUCCCUAUCCCCCUGGCGUAUCCUCUUCCUCGUCUGCGGCGCCCUAACCAUCGCGGCCGGAAUUCCUUUUUACAUCUUCAUGCCCAACGGACCCCGAGACGCCUGGUUCCUCACCGAUCGGCAAAAACACAUUUUAUCCCUCCGCAUGCUCGAGGAUCGCGAAGGGGGUGAUAGGAAGGAUUUCUCUCUGCCGCAGUUGAAAGAGGCGUUGAGGGAUUUUAAGGCGUGGUUUGUUUUUGCGUUUGGGGUGUUGGUUACUAUGCAGUCGCCUGUUCUUACGGUAAGAGAAAUUUUGACAUCUUACCUUCCCGUAUGCCGCAAUUUUAUAGAAUUGCUGACUGACUGGGAAAAAAAUCCAUCACGAAAAGUUCGCCUCCCUAGUCAUCCAAUACUCAGGCUACACACCCCUCCAAACAAUCCUCUACACCGCCCCAUCCGGCGCAAUACAAAUCGCCAUGCUCUGGAUCGGCGUCUUAGGCUGCAUUCUCCUCCCCAAAAAUCGCACUCUCGUAACUCUAGCAAUCAUCCUGCCGCCUUUAAUCGGCAACAUCUUCCUCCUAAAACUCCACCCCCAACCCGGGAAUUAUUGGGGAAUCAUAGUCGCGGCGUGGAUUUCCUCCUGCAUUACAGCUCCCUGGUCGAUCUUAUUGAGUCUGACGGCUUCGAAUACUAA